AUGCCUUCGCCAUUUAAGACGAGAUGCCUCCUCUUCCUGUCUGUGCUGUCCGUGUUCUUCCUUCUCCCUGCGCUCGCCUACGAACCCAUUGCACCGCGGUCUCUACCGCAUCUGUCUUAUGAGGAUAUUUCGAAGCUAAUAUCGACAAGUGACCCUCUCAAGAAUCUGGAUCCAUCAAACCCAGCGUCUCACUUAUCCAAAAUACUCAUACCCAGAGCUCCGGAUACUGAGAACAACACCCUCGUCAGAAAUUACAUAGCUUCGACGCUCACUGCUCUCAAGUGGCACGUAGAAUUGGAUGAGUUCACGGACAAAACGCCCGUCGGUACCAAACGCUUCGCCAACAUUAUUGCGACGAAAGACCCUUCCGCUUCGCGUCGUGUUGUUCUGGCGGCCCAUUUUGACAGCAAAUAUUACCCCAGCUAUCCUGAUAACCAGUUCGUUGGUGCAACAGACUCGGCUGCUCCAUGCGCGAUGAUGUUGGACCUCGCGGAAACAUUGAACUCUUUGCUUGACAAAAGAAGGAAAAGGCUGGAUGAGGGUGUAGAAGAUGAUGAUGAUGAGGGCGAUACAACCCUGCAACUUGUGUUUUUCGAUGGGGAAGAGGCAUUUAAAGAUUGGACGGACACGGAUUCGAUAUAUGGAGCCAGGCACCUUGCAGAAAAGUGGGAAACAUCAUAUGUAUCCCCUCAUCAAAAACGACGCAUGAUGGACGUGCAGACUACUGUGCUCGGAGGAAUCGACCACCUCAUCCUUCUUGAUCUGUUAGGGGCACCGGACCCCUCCAUUCGUUCCUUCUUCCUCGACACCGCCUGGCUCUUCGACGCCAUGGUAUCUGUGGAGAAGAGAUUAGGUGAUAGCGGAUCCUUUGCCUAUAGCAAGGAGGACAGUAUGGCACCUGGUAAAUGGAAGACGUGGUUCAGGCCUCGCACCACAAACGCCGCCAACUUCGGUUAUAUUGGAGAUGACCAUAUACCUUUCCUGCGUAGAGGGGUCAGUGUCCUUCAUAUCAUUGCUGAGCCCUUCCCGCAUGUCUGGCACUCGCUGAAGGAUGAUGCAUCUGCUUUAGACCUCCCUACUCUCCGACGAUGGAACCUAAUUUUACGGAUAUUCGUGGCAGAAUACCUCGACCUCAAGCCUCAAGACUUCGCCUCGCGCUCCGAAACGUCAAGUACUGUUCAGAGGUCCGAUUCAGAACUCUCCUGA